AUGGAAAAAAACGCUCUCAUCUCAGGAGCCUCAACUGAGGAACACGAUCUCAUCACUCGAUCCACAAAAAAACCCAAACGUAAAAUAACACAUCUAAUCUUCAACCAAGAGCAGGAUGUUACAAUGAAUGAAACACAACAGAAUAUGAGCUCCCAACCUAAUACUGGUAUUGAGAAAACUCAUACCCCAAUACUGCACCAUGGUAUCUCAUUUCGGGACCUCGUAGCGGCAGACCAAAUGCAAGGUGCAUUAUAUGCUACCAACAUCCCUGAUGAUGAUGAUAUCCUCUCUGAUGAUGAUGAACCACCAGAAGGUAUCAUUGAUGAUCCUAGAGGCCCUACCAUUCUCCUGUCCAAAGAGGAGAAGAAGAGACUGCGUUUCCCAUGGAAGUUUGCCCUCAUUGUCAAGAUGUUUGACAGCAAGAUUGGUUACAUGUCCCUGAUAAAAAGAUUGAAGAAGAAAUGGGAACUAAAGGGAGGCCUCACUCUUACUGAUGUAGGACAUGAUUAUUUCAUCGCUCGUUUCUCUGCUAUGGUAGACUAUAACCAUGUCCUCACUCAAGGCCCAUGGAUGUUAGACGACAACUACCUCACCAUUAAAAAGUGGGUACCGAAUUUCAUCCCCGACAAUGCUCCUAUGCGUCAUCUUACGACAUGGGUCAGGAUUCCACAUCUCUCAGUUGAAUAUUUUGACAAAGAAUUCCUCACAAAGAUAGGGGGAAAAAUUGGCAAAGUCAUACGAAUUGACCAAAUCACGGCCAAUGCAGACCGUGGACAAUUCACACGACUGAGUGUUGAACUUGAUCUCUCCAAACCCCUACUUUCAAAAUUCUGGUUAAAAGGUAAGAUCUGGAGAAUCCAAUAUGAAGGCCUUAAGAUGAUUUUCUUUAACUGUGGUAAGAUAGGACAUUCUGCAGAAAAAUGUCCAACUAAUGCUGAUGCCAUGGUCACUGAAAUAGUGAAUGAACCAAUUCUAAACUCUUCUGUCAAUGAGACUGAAAAAAAUCAAGUGCAGCAAGAAGAUUUUGGGGCAUGGAUGUUAGUAAAAAAACCACCUCCCCGGAAAAGAGUCCCUCAAACGGAAAAAACAGUGGUUGCCGGCAAGGGACCACCAAAAAAUCCAGCCACAAACUGUUAG